CACGAAACACGCACUGCAACUCGAUCUCUCAAUCUUGCUAUAACUCUUUCAACUCUUGACCAUCUCUUGAUCUCUUCGUCGCCCUCUCUCUCUCUCUCUCCUCUCUAUCCUCCCCUCGCUUCUCACUCUCUUUCCCCCUCAUCCACCUAUCUCUCCCUCUGUCACCCUCACACCUCCCUUGCUCACCCCAACCUUCAUCAUGGCUCAGAUUCACGCCAAGCCCUUUCGUCUAGCCCUGCUCCAGCUCGCAGGUCUCUCGGCCAACAAGGCGAGCAACAUCGCCGUCGCGCGCAAGGCAGUCGCCGCUGCCGCUGCGAGCGUGCCCAAGCCCGACCUCAUCGUACUGCCCGAGAUUUGGAACAGCCCCUACGCCGUCACCGCCUUCCGCGAGUAUUCUGAGCGUGUUCCCUCGGUCAAUGACGGAAAAGAGGUCGCUGGCGCCGAGGGCGAGACUGUCGCCGCCAUGCGCGAGAUGGCACGCGCGGCCGGCACAUACCUGAUCGGCGGCUCUAUUCCCGAGCACGAACCCGAAAGCGACGCCAUCUACAACACGCUUACCGUGUACGACCCGCAGGGCCGCAUGGUUGCCAAGCACCGCAAGGUGCACCUGUUCGACAUUGACAUCCCGGGCCGCCAGACAUUCAAGGAGAGUGACACGCUCACAGGUGGCACCACGCUCAACUCUUUCGAGACGCCGUUUGGCAAGAUUGGAGUUGGCAUCUGUUACGACAUUCGUUUCCCCGAGAUGGCAAUGAUCGCCGCCCGCCAAGGCUGCGUGGCCAUGAUUUACCCCGCCGCGUUCAACACCACUACCGGGCCCAUGCACUGGACCUUGCUCCAGAGAGCCAACGACAACCAGAUCUACGUCGCGAUGUGCUCGCCCGCACGCCACCCGGACGCCGCUUAUCAGGCUUACGGUCACUCAUCGAUUGUCGACCCCGUUGGCAACGUGAUCGCCGAGGCGGACGAGCACGAGGCUAUCGUGUACGCCGACAUUGACACGGACAUGCUGGCCACGACGCGCCGCAACCUUCCGGUGACGGUGCAGCGGCGGUUCGACGUGUACCCGGACGUUUCAAAGUAGGGCGCGGCGCUGCGCGGGCGCAGUGGCGUAUAGCAAUGUGCGCGUAGACGGGUGUGUCUGUCUGUGUUCUGUUUGUCUGUGGUCUGCAUGAAUACCAAGUACUUGCAUUUUAUUUAGGAUGGGCUAUUGAUAAGAAG